AUGACUUUAGAAAAAAUGUUUUCUUCGUUGCAGCAGGUAAUUUCCUUGAUAGUGAAAAAAGCAGAUAGAGAUUGUCCAUUAUUAGGACUUGAGUUGUUCUUGACCUUGGAAGAAAUCUACGAAGAAGAUUCGAUCCCGUAUCAAGUGGUCGUGGUCCUUAAUACGUUUUUUAUCGAUAAUCAUCCAUUCUUUUCGAUCCCGUUGCAAGUGGUCAUGAUUCUUGGAGGAAAACUAUCCGUUCUUAUCGAUCCCAUUGCAAAUGGUCGUGAUUCUUGGAAGAAAAUUCGCUGUUAUCGAUCCCGCCGUGAUCCUUUGAAGAAGAUAUCCGGUUUAUCGAUCCCGUUGCAAAUGGUCGUGAAUUUUGGAAGAAAAAGUCGGUUUUAUCGUUCCCGUCGUGAUCUUUGA